AUGACUAGUCGGCGGGUUUUUGCAAGUCGUGCAAGUCGCAGAAACCACGCAAACCGUGCAAUUCCUAAUCGUAAAUCGACGAUAAUCAGAACUGAAGGAAAUCCAAAUAUUAUUAGUACAGCAAACGUCAUCAAUCAUAUUGGAAGUGAAUUUAGUGCGAUUCGUGCAAUUCCUGCAGUGGGUACAAUUAGUGAAACAAUUAGUGCAAUUCGUGCUGCUAAUACUGCUGCUGAAUUUAGUGCAAUUAGCGGCGAUAAUAUUGUUUGCGAUUCCCUCGCUGAAAAUCUGGAAAAUCAACGAUUGGUGCAACGUCGACGUAACACAUCGACAUCGUUAUUAUCGUUUGCCAGUUGUGAUUACAUGGUUGUGCUGGAUUAUUUUGGGUCGUACUUUAUUGCUUUAAAUUUUACUGGGCUGCACUCAAUCGUCUUUGAUGGCAUUGGUACUAUUUUAGAUGUAUUUUUAUUCGUCCUUAUUAUUCUUUUAAUUGCGAAAUUGGUUGGUCGUAAAAUUGUUUUAAUUUUCUGCUGUAUUAUAGGGUUACAGGCUGAUAGGGCAAAAAUAAAUUCAUUAGCGCAACGAAUAAUCGGUUUGAGAAAUGAGCCAAGCUCUUCGACAUUUUUAACGGAAAUAACAACAGCGAACGAAUGCGAAUAUUGUAAAAACGGAGGAUCGCAAGCAUCUGUUCAUCAUAAGGCACCACACAACAAAACGACAUGCAAAUAUGUGACUGAUAAAAAUAUUUCACCAUCGCAAACAUCUUUUCCAAUUACUAUACACUUGGAUGACGGUGAAGACGAUAGGCGAAUCAAAAUUCCAUUAAUCGACGCGGAAAAUAGCUGCCGGUGGGUACGUCCUCCACCGAAUUGUAAUCCAUUUGAUGUACAUUCAUCAUUUUCUUGUUCGUCCGUAACAAAUCAAGAAUCAUGCAGUGGUUCUUACGUUAACUCUUGGCGGAAUCGCUUGCAUACAGUUACUGGCACUGAACGGCAUUCUUCAAUGGAUAGUUGUCACUGUACAAAUUCAAAAAGGUGGAUAACUGGCAGUUUCCGCCGAAAAGAUAAUCGUCAUAAUGAUGAUGGUUUUUCAAAUAAUUUAAAUUUGCCAUCUCAUCAUAUUAACAGUCCGAAAGAGGACAGUUCUAUUCAUACGAUAAUUAGUGCUGCAGUUAAUGACAGUAUUGAUAUUAAUAGUGAUGGUGAUAAUAAUCAACAACUUGCUUCACCAUCAUCAACAUAUCGCGAUGUAGAAAAAAUUUUAAGACAUUAG